AUGCCCCUCUCACCGACCUCGGACAAGGUCGUCGGCGGUUUGGUGGGCGACCCAGCGCGCGACUCCAUCACAGAGGGGUUGUUGGAGGGGCAGCAAUAUGGGAUUUUCACCUUCAUCCACAAUAUUUGUCUUAUCACCUUCACGUUUAUCUGCCUAUUCUCAGGCCUGUACGUUGGGCUAAUGCUUUGUGGUUGUGUUUUUCAUCACGUAGGCCACGACAAAAAUAUGGCUUCGGACACUGUACCUUCUACUCCUGUCUACCAUAACGAACGCUCAGACCGACCCAUUCGACCACUCCCCAAACGUCGUCUGCGCGAGCGUCUAUCACCCGAGGUCGCUGAUUCGAUCGAGUACCCACCCGCACGCCAAUCGGCGCCUGCUCUGUUCUCAUACCCAUGUAACCUUAAAGGAGGGCUGUCGGAGGAAGAGUCGAAUUCCGGCACCCGAGACCCUCGUUCAGAUUUCUCGGGUCGUCACACGCCUCGCAGGAAUGGAGCAAGUGCUACGUCUGAGCUGGACGAGGCAUCAACUAGAAGAGCUGUCGUGGCCCGCCCCCCAACGGAAUCUCUGGGUCGCUCGCCGCGAUUGCUGCAGAAAUCCGAUACGAUGCGGCAGGUUCAUGCGCCGCAGCCUCCGCCCUCGGCAGCGUCUUCGGCCGACGGGUAUGACUCCUUCGAGAAUACAAACAACAAAAAGAAGAGGAAGAUCCCUACAGCGGGGGAGAUGAACGGGGCGCAUGGACUUAGCGAUCACGGAUUGAACGAUAACCACACCGUAUCCCCAGGCCUGGCGGCAAUACCAGACAGGCCAGGAGAGAAUGGGAACUCGACAUCAGUGCCUUACUACGGAUCGGGGAGUUUUAUGUCUGCCGGUCAAAACGUCUCUGGUCCCGGUAGGGGCCGAUUUGGGAGGGCGAGAAACGGCAGGAGCCCGUUGCAGACUCUCUCAGAUGCUAGCGGCAACUGGUUGGGCCGGAAUUCCAAGAAUCGUCCAGGCCCCUGGUCCCCAACAGCCCAAAGCACCGGCAUUAUUUCUAACGCGAUUGCCAACGCAGAAAAACUCCCAGCUCUGGAAGGCCAGGAGAACACCAGCCUUCUCCAACAGCAGCAGUCGGUCAAGACGACCCCAGCGACGACGCAGUUUACCUUCACAUGCGACUCUCAAGUUCCGGGUACUCUAGCCUGGCCAGGCUCUGACCCCAAGAUGUCAGGCUCAGCUGCAAUGGAUUACAAUCAAGCAGCAGCAGGAAGCUACUCGCACUCGCGUGCUGGUCAACCCCACCAGCCUGCGGGCGCCCCGGCCAUUCAUGGCCAAGACGGCCCGCCUUCGGACAGUAGUUUACGGGGCGAAGCUCCUCGGUCUAUGACUCUUGAACGGAAGAACCGACGUCGGGCGGCCAGAGACUUGCAUUUCCAGGCCAGAAAGCGUCGCGAAGGAACAGCGAGGCAGAACUUCCUUAACCCGCCCAAGCUCGAGGACCAGUGGAUCUGUGAAUUCUGCGAGUACGAGCGUAUCUUUGGCUAUCCGCCAGUGGCUCUGAUUCGACAAUACGAGAUCAAGGACAGGAAGAUUCGCCAGCAAGAGGAGGAGCGACGGCGGGUAUGGGAGAAGGCCAAGGCGAGAAGUCGCAAGGGUAAGAAGAGCAAGGCGCCAUCCAAGAACACUGCAAACAACAACAGCAAUGGAAAUGGCAGUAACAUGCACAGUCACACGAAUGACGGGCAUGCAGCACCAUCCAUGAACCAUACGCAAAGUCAAGAUACGCAGAGCGAUGUUUUCGACGAUGAAGAGUACGAUGGAGAGGAAAACUACGAGCUCGACCCAAGCCAGCGACCGGCUGAUUUCGGUCGUGCUCAUAACGCACAUCCUGGCACAGCCGAACAUGACCGCGGCGGCGGUGCAGGCGGCAGAGGGACUAUAGGAGCAGAAGCGGUGCGCUUCGAGGGAGAACGGCCAAAAGUCUAA